AUGGAUGCUUUGAAGAAACAGUUGGACGAAAUGAAGGAGACUUUCACCUACCGCAUGAAGGACUUUCAGAAGGAUUUGCAAAAGGGUAACUCAGAUACGGCAAGUCCAUCAAGCAGACUGGCAUCUGACUUUGCGGUUUUCCGAACAUUUGUUAUGACCUCACUUGAAUGUCUGCAGAGUCAGAUGGAGCUUAUGUCCCGCCUUGCUGACCAGAUGGAAUCAAGAAGCCGACGGAAGAUUCUUCUAAUACAUGGUGUGCCCGAAACAAAAAAUGAGAAUACUGCAUCUCUUGUUGCUGAAACACUAGCAAAGCACCUUACAGUUCCUGCGUUGACUCCUGACUCUUUCUCUAAAUGUCAUCGAAUGGGCCAAGCCAAAUCUGACAAACCCAGAGUCAUUUUGAUAAAGUGCCGGGACCACUUAAUUAAGUCUAAGAUGUGGCAUGACAAGAAAGGCUUGAAGAAUACUGGUCUGACACUGUCUGAGUUUCUUACUAAGCCUCGCCAUGACGCUUUUAUGGCUGCCCGAAAAAAAUUUGGGAUAAAGCAGUGCUGGACUAGAGAUGGCUGUGUAUAUGUCAUGGAUUCUACCGGCAAUCGUCACAAGGUUUUCACAGUUGGUGAGCUGGAUGCCAUUCCUGGAGAAGGUUCUCCUGUCUCCACUCCCAACGACGUUAUAAGACAGGAUGUGACUCCUACUGUGCCCCGGUCAAGACCCAAGCGUAACCUCCGUAAUAAGUAA